UUCAUUGAUUGUCGUCAAGCAGGAUGAAAGUGUUACUCCUGAGUUUGCUGGUUGGAUUGAGUUCAGCUGUUAUCUUGGAGACUAAACCCUUCAAGAGACUUAUUCCUGCAGAUAUACUCAGAGAUUUCCGUGACAGCUGCUUCGCGUCAACAAGCUGCAAGGUUUAUAAACCAGAAGAGGGAUGGAGUCUGUCUCCGUUCUGUGGAGCUUCUAAAUGCGUUAAACUGAAGUCUGGUAGAUUGGCCGAGGAGGUCACAGAUUGUGGACCAGUUCUAGAUCUAGAGAAUACUCCAGGAUGCGUUCUACUCAAGGAUAAAGCUGAUCCUAAAGCUGACUAUCCAGCUUGUUGUCCUGUAUAUGAUUGUGAAGAAGGGACUGAAAUCAAGUAUGUGACCCCACCUAAGGCAAAGAAGGACGAGGAGACUAUUACUGAGGAGAGCAGUAGUACUCCUGAACCUAGCACAGAAACCCCCCAAGAGAACUAAAUAUCAAGCUAUCCAACCUUCAUGGAGUUCCUGGAAGUUCAAACUAUCCAACCUUCAUGGAGAACCUGGAAGUUUAUGCUAUUCAACCUUCUGGAGAACCUUGGAGCCCAAGCUAUCCAACCUGAAUGUAGAACCUAGUAGCUCAAGCUAUCCAACCUACACGGAAAACUUGGAAGCUUAACCUAUUAAACCAGUUUCUCAAUUACGUAUUCAUAAAAAAAUAUUUAUUAAAAAGUUGAAAAAUAAAGAUUUUGAAAACUUGA